UGGUAUUGAUAAUUAGAGGUGUAAAAAACUGAACCAAAAACAGUUUAUUGUUCAUCUUCUCCACCCUCUCAAUGCAAUUUUACCUGCCAAGCUCCCCAUGGCAUUUUUCUGUAGGUAAACCGCCACCUAAUUACGACUCCGGCACAUCAUCCCAGAUUCUCAGUAGAGCAUGAUCUAAUGCGACUUGUAUGUCCGGGAUCAGCAACCACUGAAUUUGCUUCCGGGAUUUUGUUUUUUCUAUUGUGGUAAAAUAUUUAGGCAAUGGAUGACCAUGGUGGCAGCAAGGUGAUGGGAAUCAGGCAGAUUGUAAGGCUAAAAGAAAUUCUCCGAAAGUGGCAAUCUGUUACAAUUGGCUCAAGGGCAGAGGAACCUGAAGGGGAAACUAGUAAUCCUCAGCCUGCAGGUAUUUCACCACAGAUCAGUAAAAGGCUAACAGGGCUUAAGAAUUCUUGUGAUUCGGAUGAGGAGAGCUGCCACAGUCCUGGACCGCCACCUGAUGUCCCGAAAGGGUAUCUAGCGGUUUAUGUAGGGCCAGAGCUGCGAAGGUUUAUUAUCCCGACUAGCUACCUAAGCCAUUCUCUGUUCAAAGUUUUGCUAGAAAAGGUUGAAGAGGAGUUCGGGUUUGAUCAUUGUGGCGGGAUCACUAUCCCAUGCGAGAUUGAGACCUUUAAAUUUCUCCUGAAAUGCAUGGAGCAUCAUCCGAAGGAGGAUCAGCAGGAUGAAAGCUCGAACGAAGAAUUAACUAACCCUUGAAAUAUGAUUAUGCCGGUCUCUGUAGCAGUCGAGAUUUUAGAGCUGAUUACAGAUGUUAAGACUGGGUCUCUUUGUAUGCAAAAUAGGAAAAGUUUAGCUAGGUUUGCACAUUUGUGCAUUCAAUUUGGUAUUAUGAGGUUGAAUUUUAUUAACCUCUAUAUUCUUUUGGUUGGGAUGUGGUCUUCAAUUGAGUAUAAAGACAGAUAUGUAUUGUUCAGUGAAAUUCCAUCUACUAAUAUAUGUUAUAUAUUCAAA